UCAAUCUUCACCUACUUAACCUACCUGUUCUCACAGCGCGCCUACUAUAUAUUUUCGCUCUUUGCAGCCAGUCUUCGACUAUCAUCGUAUCUGGUGACACACACCCUGUCAUGGAUCCAUCCAGUCAGCCGCGUGCUCCCCCGCCUAAACGUCGGGCAGCGACGAUGCCAGACGUUGGAUGCCAAGCACAUGAAGACGAUGACGAGUUUGCAGAUACCGAGUGCGACUCUCCAGGAGACUACGUCGACCCUUCCGUGCCAGCGCGUACGAGGGCCUGGAACACGGCAGGGGUGUUCACCACCGACCCUCGCCGACAGCCCCAGCGUAUGCCUGGCGGCGCCCCCGUAGCAGGCCCCCCGCCACAACCACGUCAUCUCCCCCCCCAGGCCUACCCAGCCCCGUAUCAGCCGCCGGGAUACAUUCCUCAUGGCCAAGGACCGAUACCCCAACUUCCACUGCCUCUCGUCGCCUAUCCUCAGCCUGGGCAGGUGCUAGUCCGCCCCAUGUACCCGCAAGGUGGGUAUCCGGCCAUGCCGCCUGGUCCGUCGCCCUAUCCAGUCCCCAUCCCCUAUCCCCAGCCGCCGCCACAGUACCCCAACGUCCACCCUGCUCCUCGGUAUCCUCAGCGUUGACCAGGCUGGGGCGGAUAGUCAAACGCUGGCCAGGCUUCCAGAUUACAAAUGCAUCGACUCAUGAAUGAUACUUCGACAGCAACCAGCUUGCACAACCUCGUUAUCUACUGCGCGUUACGUUUCACAAGGAUGCUCGUCCUACUACGCUCGUUACCCAAUUAUGCUCUUCCACAGUACGCGCCUGUCUGCCGUCCGUUAUUUCGGGUUCUGGGUUCAUCUUCAUGCUCUGUCGUUACAGACCGUGUUUGUAUCUUUAUGUCUUUCCCAUCCUUUUCCCCUCUGCACCACCACAGUCAUUACCUUU